CUUCCUUCAUUCUCUAGCCAAGACAAGAGGGACAUGAAUGAUUUGCUUGAAUACUGACUGAAUCUCAUCCAGCAAAAUCCACACACAUACAUCUUCACAAAAAAAAAAAAAAGAACAUAGAAUUCACUUUCGUCUUGUCUUCUCAUUACAACCUCAAUCAAUCAAGGUAUUGCUUAAUUCUGCUCUUUUUUUGCUUCUGUCUUUCCAUUGAAACCUACAGGAGAUAGCAGCUAUGCGUGUGUUGCAUUGCAUGAUUGUUUUAUACGAGUAAUCAUCAAUAUUGUGUAUCUGGUUGAUUGUUGAAAAGUCUACGCAAUCUGGGAUUUGAUGCAAUGGAUACAAUGGCAUCAAAUGUUUUGCAAUUAGUGAAUGGUACUUUGGAGAGGGUGACAUCUGCUUUGGAUUUUCCAUCUGCAAGAGCUGUUGUUUUUGGUGUUCAAAUUGGAGGGCAUCUCUUUGUGGAGGUUCUUCUUUUAGUGGUCAUUCUUUUUCUACUUUCCCAGAAAAGUUAUAAACAUCCUAAGCGACCGUUAACAAAGAAGGAAAUAGAUGAGCUAUGUAAUGAAUGGAUUCCAGAAUCCCUUAUUCCUCCAAUUACAGAGGAGAUGCGAUAUGAGCCACCAGCAUUGGAAAGUGCUGCAGGGCCACAUGCCAUAAUCAAUGGAAAAGAUGUUGUAAACUUUGCUUCAGCGAAUUAUCUUGGUCUAACGGCGCAUGAGAAGCUCCUGGAGUCAAGUACCUCGGCCUUGGAAAAAUAUGGUGUUGGUUCCUGUGGUCCUCGUGGGUUCUAUGGAACAAUUGAUGUUCACCUCGAUUGUGAGGCCAGAAUAGCCAAGUUUUUGGGAACUUCAGAUUCAAUUCUCUAUUCAUAUGGACUUUCCACUAUGUUCAGCACAAUUCCAUGUUUUUGCAAAAAGGGAGACAUAAUUGUUGUGGAUGAGGGAGUCCAUUGGGGAAUACAGAAUGGCCUUUAUCUUUCCAGAAGCACCAUUGUGUAUUUCAAGCACAAUGACAUGGAAUCUCUGCAAAAUACUUUGGAGAAAAUCACUGCUGGGAAUAAGCGAGCCAAGGAAUUGCGACGCUACAUUGUAGUUGAAGCUGUGUACCAGAAUUCUGGACAAAUAGCCCCUUUAAACGAGAUCAUCAGAUUGAAGGAGAAAUAUCUCUUCCGUGUUUUGUUGGACGAAAGCAACUCAUUUGGUGUUCUUGGCAGGUUUGGAAGAGGUCUUACUGAAUACCAUGGGGUGCCGAUUGAGAAGGUAGAUAUUGUUACUGCAGCUAUGGGCCAUGCAUUAGCCACUGAAGGAGGAUUCUGCACUGGUAGUUCCAGAGUCAUUGAUCAUCAACGGCUUAGCAGUUCUGGAUAUGUGUUUUCUGCUUCUUUGCCACCAUAUCUUGCAAGUGCUGCAAUUACUGCUAUCACUGUUCUGGAAGAUAAUCCUGCUUUAAUAACAAAGUUGAAAGAAAACAUUUCUGUCUUGUGGAAAGGAUUGUCCAACAUACAGGGUCUCUCUAUAGCCAGCAAUCCAGAAUCACCUAUUGUUUUUCUCAAACUAGAAAUGUCCACAGGUUCCAUGAAAGAUGACCUUCAACUACUCGAAGCUAUCGCUGAUCGGGCAUUGAAGGAAGACUCUGUAUUUUUUGUAACCUCAAAGAGAUCAACCAUUGAUAAAUGUCGUUUGCCUGUGGGGAUCAGAUUGUUCGUAUCUGCUGCCCAUUCAGAUUCUGAUCUGCUCAAGGCAAGUGAAUCCUUGAAGAGGGUUUCAGCAUCAGUGCUGACGAAUCAAUAAUCGAAUGUUGUGCAUCUGGUUGAUCUCGUUUCUUGCCUCUGAGCUGCAUUAGAUUUUGCUCGUGGCACUCAUCCAUCAUAUCCUCUUCAGAUCCAAGUCAAGGAAGAAUUUUUGUGUGAGAAGCCAGUGGAUGUUGAUAGUUUAUGAAAUUCUCUUGGGAUUAUUUGAGUUUCAACAGAUCAGCAUAUUUAAUUUUGUUUUCAGUCAUAGAAUUGAUUCCAUCACUGAGGUUGACAACAAGCAGUUGAUUAGAACAUUUAUCAGAUUGUAUUGAUUGGUCCAAGCAAGGUUUAUAGAAUAUUUGUGACAUGUACUCCACUUUUGGUUCCAUAGUUUUUUUCAAGCUAUUUAAAGAGAGAACAUCUCUGGUGUUGCCACUGUUUA